AUGCCAGAUAAAUGGACUGUGCUCUUUGUGAUACUUUUCAUUGCCACUCACACCGCCUCGUUGCCUUCUCAAGUCCCACGUAUUCGAGCGCAGAAUCGCUCGCAACAGCUGCUGGACAAUAUUGGACUACGGGUUGAUUCCGUUAAUCCACUGGGACCGAUUAGAAAUGGUGUGCCAGUCUAUACAGACUUUGAUCGGUAUCUGCGUCAUAUGUUUCUCAUAUAUCGUGAAACCGCGCUAAACUUGGCUCUAAAUCAAAAUGAGACUCUCUACAGGCUCAACAGGCAUCAGGGCAAACUGCAAGUACCGGUUGCCAGUCAUGUUCCAUUUCCCUGCUCGCUGAAUCAUACACGAUCCCGCACUCCACCCACCUCUGUGGAACGUCUGCGACCUGGCGAUAUAGACAUCGUGGCUGCUCUUGGAGACUCCAUUUCGGCUGGCAAUGCCAUUAUGUCGAGCAGUGUGCUCGACAUGUUUGACGAGUUUCGGGGCUUUAGCUUUUCUGGCGGGGGCUUGGGCACGUGGCGCACAGUCUUAACUCUGCCCAACAUACUAAAGGUCUUCAAUCCGAAUCUUUAUGGCUAUGCCACGGGUCACAGUCUGGUCGUAAAUCACGAGACUUCGCACCUCAACAUCGCCGAGCCAAUGCUAAUGUCGCACGAUCUGCUGUAUCAGGUACGUGUGCUCGUCGAUCUGAUGCGACGCGAUCCACACGUGGAUAUGAAACGGCAUUGGAAGCUGAUCACCGUGUUCGUGGGCAACAAUGAUAUCUGCUCCGACAUGUGUCACUGGGACGAUCAGGAAGAAGUGCUCGAUCGACACGCUCGAGAUCUUCGUGAAGCUUUUCGCCUGCUACGCGAUAACGUGCCUCGACUUUUGAUCAACUUGGUGGCAGUGCGCAAUAUUUUGACUAUGAUGGGUGGGCUGAAAGAUGUGCCCCUGCAAUGCUUUUUGAUGCAACGCAUAUGUUGCAAUUGCCUGAUAAACGAUCGUCUGACAGCAUCCGAGGCGAAGCAGCGGCACUACAUGAUUCAGCGCUGGCAACAGGUGGAUCUGCAGGUGGCACGAUUGCCGGAGUUUCAGCGCGAGGACUUUGCUAUCAUUGGCCAUCCCAUGAUAACGAAUCUCUCGCCGCCCGAGCAGCCGAAUGGCAAUGCGGAUUUGCGCUAUUUCUCACACGACUGCUUCCACUUUAGUCAGCGUGCACACGCAAGUGUUACGAGUUUGCUGUGGAAGGGCAUGUUCCUGCCGGAUGAGCAGAAGCCACGUCCAAGCAACCUGCCAGAGCCUUUCGAAAGGUUCUUCUGUCCCACAAAGGAGCAGCCCUACUUUGUGGUGCGACCCAGCUGAGAGACGGACAGAA